ACGAGUUAGUGGGUUGGUGAGAAAUGACGUACCCAGACAAGGGUGACUUUGUACGAGUCCUCUCCCCGGCGCCCGGCAGCGGAGCUAGCGGGGCACUCAUUCAAUCCCCGCCUGUGUAGCAAGGAGAAAAGUGGCACAGGAGGGGGAGACAGAAAGACACCCCUCCCCAGCUCCGAAUCACAGAAGGGACGGUUCCAGGGGAGGGCAGAGACGACCCGCAGCCCCUCCCAGGAGGGAAUGGCACCAGACAGAGAUGGAGGGGACUCUUGUCAAGAGCAGAAGGAAGAAAAUGAAAGGAAGACAACGAGGAGGAGGAGGAAGAAGAAAGAGGUCUCCAGGACAAGGAUGGUGUAUUCCAACUUGCUGCUACCCAGGCCUGAAGUGGGCAAUUCCAGGCCUCCGGCUGACAACCGGCUCAAAACUACCAAGUACACUGCCCUGUCCUUCUUGCCCAAGAACCUCUUUGAGCAGUUCCACCGCCUGGCCAAUGUGUACUUUGUUUUCAUUGCCUUGCUCAACUUCAUGCCCUCUGUCAAUGCCUUCCAGCCUGAGCUGGCCUUAGCCCCGGUGCUCUUCAUCUUGGCUGUCACGGCUGUCAAGGACCUUUGGGAAGACUACAGCAGAUACCGUUCAGACCAAGAGAUCAACCACAUGGAGUGUCUGGCCUACUGCAGGAAUGAAAAGAAAUACACCACCAGAUUCUGGAAAGAAAUCAAGGUUGGAGACUUUGUUCAACUACGAUGUAAUGAAAUCAUACCAGCUGAUAUAUUGCUGCUUUCAUCAAGUGACCCGGAUGGUCUAUGUCACAUAGAAACUGCUAACCUGGAUGGAGAGACCAACUUGAAGCAAAGACAAGUUGUGAAAGGAUUUUUAGAGCUGGACUCUGAAUUUGACCCAUUAAAGUUUACUAGUAUCAUUGAAUGUGAGGAGCCAAAUAAUGACUUAAGUAGGUUUCGAGGCUUCAUUGUCCAUAAAGGUGGGAAGAAGGUUGCACUGUAUAAAGAUAAUCUUUUAUUACGAGGAUGUACUAUUAGAAAUACAGAAGAAGUCUCAGGGUUAGUCAUCUAUGCAGGGCAUGAGACAAAAGCCUUAUUAAAUAACAAUGGACCACGGUAUAAACGCAGUAAGCUUGAAAGACAAAUGAAUGUUGAUGUCCUUUGGUGUGUCCUCAUACUUAUCGUGAUGUGUCUAUUUUCAGCUGUUGGUCAUGGAAUCUGGGUCUGGCAGUACGAUGACAAGAGGAAGCCUGUUUUUGAUGUCCCAGGCCCUGAUGGAAAUAAUUUGUCUCCAGCUGUAGCUGCGGUUUAUUUAUUUUUGACAAUGAUUAUAGUUUUUCAGGUGCUGAUUCCAGUUUCCUUGUAUGUCUCCAUUGAAAUUGUUAAAAUAUGCCAAGUGUUUUUUAUUCAUCAAGAUAAGGAUUUAUAUGAUGAAGAAACAGACUUUCAACUGCAGUGUCGAGCUUUGAACAUCACUGAAGAUUUAGGGCAGAUCCAGUACAUAUUUUCAGACAAGACUGGGACUCUAACCGAGAAUAAAAUGGUCUUCCGAAGGUGCACGGUUUCUGGCAUAGAAUAUUCCCAUGAUGCUAACGCAAAACGCAUAGCUAUGUACCAGGAAAUUGAUUCUGAGGAUGAAGAAACUGCACCUAAAGGAGGAAUGUUAUCCCAGCGGGACAGUAUUAGCAGUCAUCAGAGCAUUAAAGUUGCCCACAGGAACCAGAGCACAAAAUCGCAUAGGCGUACAGGAAGCAGAGUGGAAGCCAAAAGAGCAAGCAUUCUCUCCAAACACACUGCUUUCAGUAGCCCAAUGGAAAAAGAUAUCACCCCUGAUCCAAAUUUGCUAGCAAAAGUAAAUGAAUGUGCAAGCUACCUACAGAUCAUGAGAAGCCACGACCAUCCGUUGUCCCGGCUUUCCCCUGAACUUUCAGACAUCUUUGACUUUUUCAUAGCUUUGACUAUUUGCAAUACAGUGGUAGUUACAUCUCCGAAUCAGCCACGACAAAAGGUUAGAAUCAGAUAUGAGCUGAAAUCUCCAGUGAAGACCAUAGAGGACUUCAUUAGAAAGCUGACGCCCAGCCGCCUGACCUCCAGCUCUAACAACAGCAGCUCCUCAAGCCUGGCUACCAGCAAAUCAGCACAUCGAGCUGGUUCUAGCAUUAUUUCAUCAGCAUCUACAGAUAGUACUCUACUAAAACUGGAAGAAAAACUAGCUAACUCUUCCCAGAUUAAUAAUAACGGUUAUAGUUCGCAGCAGACUAAAUGGACACUGGGAAAUGAACCCGGAGAGGGAGAACUGCGUUAUGAGGCUGAGAGUCCUGAUGAAGCUGCCCUUGUCUAUGCAGCUAGAGCAUAUGACUGUGCUUUGGUUGGGAGGCUGCCUGACCAGGUAUCCAUAGAACUACCUCACCUGGGGAGAUUAACCUUUGAACUCUUACACAUUCUAGGCUUUGACUCCAUCCGGAAGAGAAUGUCUGUGGUGGUCAGGCAUCCUCUUACCGAUGAAAUAAAUGUUUAUACCAAAGGUGCGGACUCAGUUAUUAUGGAUCUUCUCCUGCCCUGUUCAUCAGAUGCCCUUAGAGACAAGCAUCAAAAGAAAAUCCGAAGUAAAACGCAAAAUUUUCUUAAUCUUUAUGCUGCUGACGGACUGAGAACAUUGUGCAUUGCAAAGAAAGUGCUGAGCAAGGAAGACUAUGCUUGCUGGUUAAAAAGUCACAUUGAAGCAGAAUCUGCUAUUGACAACCGGGAAGAGCUUCUGUUUCAGUCAGCAACUUGCUUGGAGACCGAUCUGCAUCUCCUAGGAGCAACUGGCAUUGAGGACCGUUUGCAGGAUGGAGUCCCAGAGACCAUUGCAAACUUGCGCAAAGCUGGGCUGCAGAUAUGGGUUCUAACUGGAGAUAAGCAAGAAACCGCCAUCAAUAUUGCCUAUGCUUGCAAGCUACUGGAUCAUGAUGAGGAAAUCAUUACCUUAAAUGCUGAUUCACCGGAAAUGUGUGCUACAUUGCUAGAACAGCACUUGCACUGUAUAGAGUCUAAAUGUCCAAUUGAAAAAUCUUCUCAGAACACAGCAGCUAAGUUUAUACCUCUCUACAUGCCAUCAUCUUCAGAAAAUCCCAACUUGGGCUUAGUGAUUGAUGGAAGGACGCUGGCCUAUGCCUUAGACACAGCCCUCAAAGACAAAUUUCUUUUGCUUGCCAAGAGAUUUCGCUCUGUGUUGUGUUGUCGCUCUACUCCAAUUCAGAAGGGAAUGGUGGUGAAGUUGGUCAGAGACAAACUCAAAACAAUGACAUUGGCAAUAGGUGAUGGAGCAAACGAUGUCAGCAUGAUCCAAGUAGCCGAUGUUGGUGUGGGGAUUUCAGGUCCAGAAGGCAUGCAGGCUGUGAUGGCAAGCGAUUUUGCAAUCCCAAAGUUCCGGCAUUUGGAGAAACUCUUGGUUGUUCAUGGUCACUGGUGUUACUCACGACUUGCCAACAUGGUGCUGUAUUUCUUCUACAAAAAUGCGAUGUUUGUGGCCCUUCUUUUCUGGUACCAGUUCUACUGUGGUUUUUCUGGGGCUUCAAUGAUAGACCAGUGGUACCUGAUUUUCUUUAACUUAUUAUUCUCCUCCCUUCCCCAACUGAUUGCUGGAGUACUUGAUAAAGAUGUACCUGCAGAUAUAUUAAUUGCUGUGCCUCACCUCUACAAAAGUGGCCAGGACAUGAAGGAGUACCAGCCACAUAUGUUUUGGAUGAACAUGAUUGAUGCUCUCUAUCAAAGCCUAGUUUGCUUUUUCAUCCCUUACUUUACUUAUUAUGAUUCAGAUGUGGAUAUAUUUGCCUGGGGAACCCCAAUCACCACAGUAGCUCUUUUCACCAUAAUAUUGCAUUUGGCCAUUGAAACCAAAACCUGGACUUGGCUACAUUUGUCAUCUUGUGCCUUUAGCCUUGGCUUAUUCUUUACUGUGGCACUACUUUACAACGCAUCUUGCCCAACAUGCUAUCCUCCAUCCAAUCCCUACUGGAUUAUGGAAAAGUUGAUGGGAGAUCCUAUGUUUUAUCUGACUUGUUUUGUGACACCUACCGUUGCUCUGCUUCCCAGGUUUUUAUACAGAACAUUUCAGGGCACACUUUUUCCAACCCAGCUUCAGCUUGGACGCCAGCUGUCAAGGUUGCCACCAGAGGUACGCAGCCAGUGUUUGGAAAGAUGGAACACCAGAAAGGACACAGAUCCUCAUAAGUAUCCAUGUGCUCAUUAUGCUUUAAAAAACCCUUAUUUCGUUGCUAAUGACUCUUUAAAUGCUUGUAACCAAAACAGUCCCACAGAAUUAUCUGAUCAUGGAAAUGAAAAAAGUCAGCAACCAAAGACAGAAACAACAACAGGUUUAAAUAUUUCCCCUCCUCUUGGUGCUCAGUUUGAAGAGAAUGGGCAGACUUCAGUGGCUCAUAGUGAAGGAACAUCUCCAAGUUCUCACAAAAUUACACAUGUUGCAUUGGAGCUGGAGCCAACAAUGACAGAUGAAACAUUCCAGUCGAACUCAGCAAUUGACCAAUCAGAUUUCAGUUUGUUGACCUGGAUUACAUCAACUCCUUUAUUUAAAGGCAUCGGAAGAGAUUCACUACGGUCAUCGAGCAGUUUACAAAUUAUAGGACAGGACAACACAGCUCCAUGUAGUUUCAGUUGUCCUCGGGAUUUCAAAGUCUUGCCAGAGCAAAACUCAACCAGUUCUCAGGAGCAAAUCAGAAGGUCUGCAAAGAAAACAGUCUUGAUACCUGAAUCUUUUGAGUCAACUUUUUUAUGACGUCAGACUUUAGCGUUUUGUUUUAUUUGCACAAUACAGAGUAUAAUGAUGUUGCUCUAGUUGUUUCCAGAGAUGCAACAGGAAAUCAAAGGUACAGAGAGUUAUUUUAGCAGGAAAUUUUAAGCACAAAAAGUUGAAAAUGAGAGUUUUAAGUGCAAAGAAAAGAUACAUUUAUUUAUUUUUCAUCUCAUUUUGUACAAAAUGGAAUAUGUUUAUUUUUAUUCACUUUUUUGUAUUCUCUUAUGGAUUUAUUUAUCAAGUCAAGGUUUUUACUCCAUUAAUUCAUAUGAUUGUUGUUGGUUUAAAUAUCACAGCAAAAAAAUCAGAAUACUUUUUUGAUAUUCUUUAUUGCAUCCUCCAAAGAAGUUCUUUUUAGUUGUUGAGGAGAGUGGAAUGGAGGCAAUGGCUAGAAUUUCCUUCAGAAACAUAUCCUCUCACUGUUGAAUAAUGUUAAAUUACCAUAAAAAUAAAAAUGACAUUUUACAAA